GCCCUCUCCCCUCACAGGCAGGCUCUUUUCUCCUCCCGUAACCAUGGUGAACAGAUAACCGCUUCUCCGGCCGUCCUGACAUCAUGGGUACCUGCCUCUGCAAAGAGCUCCAGCGCUCCAUGGCGGUAUUGCAGGGUGAGGUGGAGGAAGGGCAGCCCCCACCUGGACAGAACGACCUUAAUCCCCCUGACGGCAGCGCCACCGAUAAGAUCAGCAGAUAUGAUAUUGGAGAGCUAGCCACUUCUUCUCUACUUGGCCUGGUGGCCACCAUAAAGGACCACAUCACCAAGCCCACUGCGAUGGCCCAGGGCCGGGUGGCCCACCUGAUAGAGUGGAAGGGCUGGGGGGGCGGGGGAGGAGAGGCGGGGGCUACCGGUGGGGGCGGAGCCGGAGAGGUGUGGAAGGGCCUGGGGGCGGAGCUACAGGACGACGAGCUGCUCUACUCCCAGAUGACAGACGAGAUCAAGGAAGCUCGCUUCGCUGCAGGAGUAGCCGCACAGUUUGCCUUAGCGGAGGCAGCCAUGGAUGUCUGCUUCACGGACGAGAUCGACCGGCCCUCUGUCAGAUGGGAAGCCACACAGAGCCACUACAUGGCCUACUACCUGAGCGACGGCGGUGUUGUCGGCGUUCCACAGCGUCUCCACGACAACCACCCGGGCGGCUCGGCCAGCCCCCUCAGCUACCCCACAGAGCCCCCGCCCCCGGCCGUCCUCCACCCAACGCCCCCCCCUCCGUCCUCCGUUCCCGCCCUCGCCACCACCGCCCAGACGCACAGAGCGGUCUCGGGGACGCUAGAGAGCGGCCGAAGGCUUCAGCAGUUUGAGAGCAUCUCCCUGUCGGAGGACGAGGUCUUCUAUAACUAGGGGUGGAUUGUUCCUGCUUGGACUGCGCCGAAGCGCCUGUCCCCUCCGCCAUCGUCCCACCGGUCGAACUCAGACGAUGCUCAGCCAAUCAGAUAAGAAGAGGACAUAACAAUCGGAGGAAAGCAUUCAACAGAACUACGGCACUGCUCGGAAUAAGUCAUUUGGACUCCUGCCACCCCUCGAGGCCAUCACUCUCUCUCUCUCUCUCUCUCCCUUUGCCUCUCUCUCUCUCUCUCUCUCUCUCUCUCUCUCUCUCUCUCUCUCUCUCUCUCUCUCUCUCUCUCUCAUUGAUAGCAACCAAUAUCCAAGACAACAGGAGCACAACGGAUCCAGAGCAGUGAGUAGGUAGUUUGGUGUCGAGGCAGGACUUGGAUUCUUUCCAGGAAUAGAGAGUGGAGCAUGUCUCUGGAGAGCACAGACUUUGUGGACGCACGUCUUCUUGAUCAUAAAGGGAAAAAUGUAUUCCUUCUGACGUCAAGAAUGUGACACACUGCAAUUUGAAAUAAAUUGUGAAGUGAUUAAAAACGCU